UUAGUCUGGCAUGAAGUUGCAUAUUUAUAUAUAUUUUAUAGUAAUAGGCACUUAUUUUAUUCUACUUUUAUUAAUCUUACAAGAUGGAUUUAAAACAUGACGGAGGUCUGUUGUUUCUACUAACUAGUUGUUUGAUAUCAGGAUUCCAUGCCAACGUUAUAGAAAGAAAUGAAACAAGGGCGACAUUUGUGGAAAAUACUAGAUACUGUGGUUGUCCGCCGCUUUCCGAGUUCGACAAAGAAGGAAAUCAUAAAUGGGAAAUAGAAAUAACAGAACACAACAUAGACUUGUGUGGGGCAAAAUAUUCUUGCCGAGAAGGAUAUCAGACUCCAGACAAAAACCUGUGUACUACUAGGUUUUGUUUUAUACAAAAUGACUGGAACCAUACUGAACCGGAUUGCAGAAAAAUAGACCAACAUACAGAAUAUCCGACGGUGCUGUUUAUUGUUGUUCCAAGUGCUUUACUCGCCAUGGUGUUCAUAGUCAUGAUUCUAUUCGUACGCUGGUGGCAACGUCGUUCAAUACACAAAUCAGGCGAAAACAAGUUAGGAGAUAUUGAAGAAGAAGCAACUGUUAAUAAGUCUCGUAUUGAAGCUCAGACAAGUGAACGAGAAUUACGUGGUCAGCCUUAUGUUAUAGAAGACGAUCGGUCUGUCACAAACACUGUGGUCAAACUGUGACCAGAUAUUCGCGGUGGCCACUUGAACAGAAUGCGAAUACUCAGGAAACAGAGGCAUUUUUCUAUGUACAUAAACCAACAUUUUGGAAGGACAAUGUGUAGAAACGCGUACAUAUCUUCAGAUGAUUAAACAACAAUCUCAUUUGCAAGAAAGUGUUACAGUUUGUUGUUAUUAAGAAAAAAUGGAGAGAAAAUAGUAAGGCUGCUUGUGUUGGUUAGGUGGCGUUCUUUCUACAGUAUCUUCUAUGAACCCCCACAACAGGAGUCAAAUAGUGUUGUGUAUCGUUCGUAGACAAUAGGGCCUGUACUUUGACUUUGUGUCGUUAUUUCAAGUCAUGUUUGUUUAUAUUUUCAUCUAAUGUUGUUGUCUUUAUUAUUACUGAAUGUUAUAAAUAAAAGUUUUUAGUAAACCUA